UCUGUCCAGCAGGGGGCGACAUUACAGAUCCACGCCGCAGACAGCAGAGGAAGACUGAAGCAGAUUAGCGCACUCAGCAGGCUCUCUGGUGGUGGUCUGAAGUGUAGGAGCCGGAGAACAGCGAACUGAAGAAACAAUGAAGAACGAAGGCAUAGAGGGGACGGAGAGGUUUCUGAGCCCGGGCAGAGGCAGAGGCCUGCGGGCGAUGAGACACUUCGCUGUGGGGGAGCUGGUGUUCGCCUGUCCUGCCUACACCUACGUGCUGACAGUGAAUGAGAGGGGGGCUCACUGCGAGCACUGCUUCACCAGGAGAGAUGAUCUUUCUAAAUGUGGUAAAUGUAAGCAGGCCUACUAUUGCAAUGUUGACUGUCAGAGAGGCGACUGGCCCAUGCACAAGCUGGAGUGUGUUGCUAUGUGUUCAUAUGGAGAAAACUGGUGUCCAUCGGAGACGGUCCGACUGGUGGCCAGAAUCAUCAUGAAACAGAGAGUCACGACAGAGCGGACCCCUUCAGAAAGGCUGCUCCUGCUCAAAGAGUUCGAAGCACAUCUGGAUAAGAUGGACAGUGAGAAGGAGGAGAUGAAUCAGGCUGACAUAGCGGCUCUGCACCAUUUCUACUCCAGACAUAUCAGUGACCUCCCUGAUGACCAGGCUCUCACCGAGCUCUUUGCACAGGUAAACUGUAAUGGUUUUACCAUAGAGGACGAGGAGCUCUCCCAUCUAGGAUCAGCUGUUUUUCCUGAUGUAGCACUGAUGAACCACAGCUGUAGUCCCAAUGUUAUUGUGACCUAUAAAGGCACAGUGGCUGAGGUCAGAGCUGUUCAAGAGAUAAACCCAGGAGAAGAGAUCUUUAACAGUUAUAUAGACCUGCUGUAUCCGACAGAGGACAGGAGAGAGAGGCUAUUAGAUUCCUACUUCUUCAUGUGCCAGUGUACUGAGUGCACCACCAAGUCUAAGGAUAAAGCAAAAAUGGAGAUCAGGAAGCUGAGCUCUCCACCAGAACCAAAGGAAAUCCAGUCUAUGGUCCAUUAUGCCAAAAAUGUCAUUGAAGAGUUCAGAAGAGCCAAGCACUACAAAUCUCCCAGCGAGCUCCUGGAGAUGUGUGAGCUCAGCCUGGAGAAGAUGGGAGCUAUUUUUGCAGACACCAACGUCUACAUGCUGCACAUGAUGUAUCAGGCCAUGGGUGUCUGUCUCUACAUGCAGGACUGGGACGGCGCCAUGAGCUACGGGGAGAAGAUUGUUCAGCCAUACAGUAUUCACUACCCGGCCUACUCUCUGAAUGUGGCGUCCAUGUACCUGAAACUGGGCCGUCUUUACUUGGGACUUGAAAAGAAGUCCCAAGGUGUCAAAGCUUUGAAUAAGGCUUUGGCUAUUAUGGAGGUGGCUCAUGGAAAAGACCACCAUUAUGUAGCAGAAGUCAAACGGGAAAUAGUGGAGCAGAAGUAAAAGUGGAGAAAAAGAAGAUGAAACUGGAGUGUGGAACCUCUUUAAAAGCAACAAGAUAUACAUCUCCAAUGGCAUAGCAUGCAUCCUUUAUCUAUGUUUUUACACCUGUUUAUUUUUCUGCCUUUCUUCAUGCAGGGUAUUUACACAUGCAUUUCAUUUGGAUGAUACUUUAUAUCUGUCGCUGUGUUAUGUUUUUCAUCCUCAAACACUGUAAGGCCCACACCUGUCCUAUAUGUAAGCAAAAAAAAAACACCUGUGGGGGAAAAAAAAUGUCAUAAUCCCGCCUUUAAAGCGGCCUUGUAAAGAAAUUAGGCUUUUAUCUGGUUGCUUCAUUUCUUGAAGUCACCUUUAUCCUCCUUUUUCACUUCCUGUUGAGUCUGAAAUAACUUGAUGUUUUGUGGAUUCAUCACCAGACUGUUUCACCGUCAUUUGGGUUUUUGCAGCAUUUUGAACUGCAAAUUGUCCCCCCCAAAGGGCAUUACUCAGUUGCAGGCCGGGCUUUUGGAUUCUGUCUAAUGUUCACCCACAGAGCACAGUUUAUGAUCUCAAGUUAUCAGUGAAACUGUGAUUAAACACAAAGACUGACCAUGCAUCAGACACACUGUAGCAACAGGACUUUUCUGAAUGAUGUUUAAGCGACUCGUCUUACAGCAUGUUUUGGUUUGUUGGAAGGAAGCUGAAGUGUUGCACGCUUGACUUAUGCAUUUCUUUAUAUUUUUGUAUAUCAUUUUCAAAUGAAGUUAGUUGAUCAGGCUUUGGUUCAAGUCUUGGCUGUUCUCUGUGGAUUUUCCUUGUCAACUGAAAAGAACGGGCAUGUGAGGCUAAUUAGUGAUAACCUGACCUCAGAGGGGAGCCUGUUGGCUUGGUGCAGGCCGCUACGAUAACUUUCAAUGACAAUAUCACGGUAGUAAUAUAAAAGGUAAAACCAAAUUUUUUAUUUUUUACUUUAACAACAACAAUUAUUCCCACUACUGCUGAAGAAUGUCACAUAUAAAUUAUUACAGUGCAGUAUUAGGUUCUUAGUACGCUGUGCCUUUUUUUUUUUUUUUGUCCAUCAGUUUUUUAUGUUUAUGAUAAUCGGACAAUCUGCUGAAGUAGCAGGCCUGCAGUCUGCUGCUUUACAGACAUCCGGUUAGCAGCUAAUGAGCGUUAGUUUAAUAGGAUAAUUAGUUUACACAUAAUCAGUGUUUAGGCAUUUCACGACCGGAAAUAUUUCCAAAUAUAUAUUUUCUUUCUUGUAAAAGGGUAAAGUUUUCUUUCAGCCAGUAUGACAGAAAAUUUGUGGUUUCGAAACCAGAACUUUUUCGGAAGCUAGCAUAUCAUGAUUCCAGUUAGCGGCUGGAGUCUUUCCAUGUGAGAAAGACUCCAAAUUUCAAUGAUUAUGAACACAACAAAGCAGAUUGGGAAUGAAUGAACGAAUGAAUGGUACCUGACCAAAUGUUCUGAGAGGUUCUGACAAGGAACCAGCCAUGUCUGUUCUCCAAUCAGGGACUGGCAAUAACUGCUUGCCUCUCGAGUUUCUCAGAACAUAUUGAAACUUCAGCCUGGCCAAUGAUCUUGAAUGAUGUGAUAAAAGCAGCAACUCUGUAUUUUUUUUUUGGUCUUUUUUUAUGUAUUAUACCUAUUUUUGCAGAUUUCAGGACAACCAUUUGAGUGCAGAUACUCUUUAGUCUGGGUAUGAUGUUACCAUGCACUAAAAAGGUUAUAUUUACAUUGUUUUUAUUUCAGAAGAACUUGCUGGUCCACAUUACUUUGUGCUUACUGUCAUUUUUUUUUAUUAUAAACUUGAUGCUUUUAGCUGCACCACAACACAUCUGAAAGAGUCCAAACAGAUCAACCUCUGAUAAAGCAUUACUUUAAGCAGAAAUGAUCUUAAUACUGGCAAGACGAGUUACACAGGUUAUGAUUUUAAAGUGGUUACAACCCCACUGUGAACCAGGUGCAAAUUGUAAAAUUGUAGCUAUUAUGUAGAUUUAAAAAAAUCUUUUAAAACCAAUGGGUAACUAGUCUUGUUUUCUAGGUAUUCCAGCUCUUAGUUUGACAAGGCAGUGUAUAACAAAAGCUUUAAUGCAAAGAUCACCUGGGCCUUAUCCAAGGGUUCUCCUUGCACCCAUUUUUGUACUCUCAAUGUGACUAAAUGAUGUCAAAAGGCAGACUUUUAAACACGUUUGGCUUUAAGGAGUCAAGAAAUGGAUAGUUACGCUGUCAAUGGAGUCUCAUCAAAAACCUGUAGCUUCUCCUCUCUUAUUCACUGUUCGGUGAGUUUGAUUAACAUUAAUGUGGCCUACAGUUUGUUGUAACCUGUGAUGACUAUUCUGUGGUUGUAUUUGUUGCAACUCCUGCUUUGUCAACUGUAUUGUAAAACAAUGCAUCCAGAAGGUGCUUGCCUUACAGCUGUAAUCUGAAGGGCACCAUUUCAGCAGCUCAGUACCACAUAAUCAUUUUUUUGUAGAUGUCUGCAACAGAAAAAGAUACACAGAGGAUUUGCAUAAACCAAACACUCUUUGGACAUUUUGUCCAAACUUAAGCGCAGCAUUUAGUAAGAAUAUUUUUUUCCUUUGGUGUUUAGGAAAAUCUGUUGUUUUGUAGUGCUUUGAAAACCUUGCUGCAUGUAUACCAGGCAAUGGCUAAUCGAUACUGUUUUAUUUAUAUUUGUUUGUGUCUGUAAUAAAUUACCAAGCAUGAAUGUUAUUCUGUCUGAAUGCAUAAAAAUAUCUGAGCCCGUUUCACUUUUCAGUAUGUUUUAAAUGGAAACUAAUAAAUCAUAUAUAAACAUU